AUGUUUCCUGAUGAUCCUAAAUCAACCGCUUUUCCACUCUUUGAAUCCACCAUUCUGAAUCAAACAGUCACUUCGAUUACCUGGAGUCCUUCCAAUGAUCUAUGUGUUCUUGUUUACCAGGACAAUUCUAUAUCGUUAUGUCGUGCUACUACAGUAUCUAUCUGGACUUUUUCUGACUUGAAGUCAAAAGUGACAGCAAUCGCUUGGCAUCCGAAUGGUCAAGAAUUCGUUGUUGGUUGUCUUGAUGGUACUAUUUAUCAAGUUAGUGCAAUUAAAUUUAUACCAAACUUUAUCCUUUGUUGGCCUCCUUGCGAUUGUGUAUCAAAUCCUGCUGAUGGUAUAUCCUCUCUUCUAUGGAUUGAUUACUCUCCUGAUCUACCUACUGUUAUUGUCCCUGGAUUUGAUCCAACCGCUUUUGACAUGCAAAGCCAUCUACCUGCCCUGAGCAUGGUGCCACCCGAAGAACCAGUGUAUGUUGAAUAA